AUGGUGAGAGGAUUACCAGAGGAUAUGGAACAGCCACUGUCCUGGGCGGAAAGCGGGCAGUCGAUCCUCAAGCUGAACAUCCGCCAUCUGUGGUUCUGUGGUGCGUGGCCACUCCCUGGUUCCUGGAUGUUUAACAUGUACGGCGCUUUCAUCCUCGUACUGGGCAUCUGGAACGCAGUAGAGAGUUUACUGUCCCUCUACUUUUGCUGGGGAGACAUGGAUGAGAUGACGAUGGUGUUCAUUAGCACCUUCACCAAUGCCUGCGGCACCGCCAAGAUGGUCUUUUUCAUGCCCAAUCGGCGACAUUACUAUGCGCUGGCUCGACAUGUGGAGAAGCUGGUGUCCAUGCAAAGUGAAUUCUGUUCGGAAGACCCUGUCUUGGCUGAUAUUUGGAAGGGCUCGCAAAGGCGUGCCUCCCGCCUCACCUUAGGAUUGCUGUUCUUAAUGUUCUCGCAGUACCCUGUGUGGUACCCCAUGCCGAUCAUUGCGCAACCAGAAGACCGGCGGCUGCCAUUCGCUCAACACGGGUGGGACAACAAUACCAACUACUACGAGCUGUCGUACGUCGUACAGUGCGUGCUAGCGACGUUCGCAACCCAGAUCAGCAACGGCGUGGACUUACUCUUCGCUACCGUCAUGAUCCUGACGGCUGCGCAGAUGCAGAUUCUUACACUGCGCAUUGCCAGUCUGAAACCGGAAUACACUGAAGUGAAACUAGAAAAAGGGCCCAGUGUCAAGGCCUAUCAGACGGAGAAUACUUGCGAUGAUAAAAUGUACGAAAAAUUGUGUCAGUGCAUUGGAAAUCACCAGAAAAUCCUCAGGUACGUUAGAUGA